GACAUUGUACUGUAUUUCUAGUUUCCACAAUCACCUUUAGUGACCUUGAUAGUGCAAUAUCAUAAACUGAUAAUGUGACUAAUUUCUGACGAGGCUGGCAAACACAGCAGAUGUCUUGAUGAAUAACUGAAUGAUGUAUCUGUGGCUUUUUACCCUACAGUUUGACCCCGUUUCCAUAUACCUGACCCACUUAGAGACGACCAGUACACCACAACAUACGUAAACACCCAACAUUUGAUGUGGUAUGAUUGGCUAAAAUGUUCAUUUCUAGUUUAAAACGGUGGACUCGGUGUGUUUUGUGGAUUUUCUGUAGUUUUGGUGUGCAUGUGUACGGCAGAAUGUGAGCAUAUGUGUGUUUGAGUGCAUGUGUCAUUAUGUGUGUAUCCCUGUCUGUGUGUGAGUAUCUGUAUACUUGUGGGUGUUUGUGUGCACUGAGUUGUAAAAGGGAUUUCUACGCAGGUGUUUGUGUGUAUGUGCUACUGGGAUAACACAGUCAUAUAGAUGCCAUGUGUGUAGGAGUGUGUGGUCCCCAGCUCUGGGUCUCUCUUCCUCAUCAAAUCUCCACUCACUCACAAUGAGUGACAUCACUGGAUUUUCCCUCCCAGGAGGAAACUGUUUUUAAAAGAGGCACUCGCUGAGUGUCAGUCAACAAACCAGAGCAGCAGUAGAAGAAGAAAGAAAGCUCUCAAUAAAGCUGCUAAGAGCUCAGUUUGACUUGAAGUGAUAGAAGGAACUAAUUCAAAGCAAUGGAGGGUGAAUGCAAGGUACUGCUGGACGCCGCUGUCGACACAGAAGCCAGAAAACAAACGAUGCAGAGUGUCAAACCCAGCUCAAAGCUAACCACAGCCCUACUGGCGUUCACACUCUGCCUCACUGGUGCUGCUGCUGUCCUCGUCUUCAACAGGCAUGCCAAGGGCCCAGGACGAGAUGAAGACAAUUUUGAUCUUCGUCACACACUGAGGCAAAUUUCAAAUGUAAGAGCAGCCAUUCAUUUACAAGGAGAAUACAACCCUGACAUGAAUACCUCAGUGGAAUGGAAGAAUCAGGUGGACCAGUCCCACUCUCAAGGAGGCCUGGAGCUCAACAACAAUGAAAUUGUGAUUCCUCAAAAUGGCCUCUACUUCAUUUACAGCCAAGCGUCUUUCCGGGUCAGCUGCAGCAGCAGUGAUGCUGAUGACACCACCUCUAAUUCCAUGGUCCACCUGAGCCACACUGUUAAGCGCUGGUCCACCUCGUAUGGGAACGAUGACGCCAAGAAGUCCUACCAGACCAUCCUGCACUCUGUCCGCACUGCCUGCCAAAAGACAGCCAGCAGCGAUCUGGAUCAAGAGGGGAGCUGGUUCUCGGCCGUGUACAUGGGAGCUGUGUUUAACCUGAAGAAAGGGGACAGACUGAAGACGGUGAUGGACAAGAAGAUGCUGCCCUACCUGGAGGACGAACCGGGGAAAACUUUCUUUGGUGUGUUUGCCCUGUGAGGACAGGUGACUGAAGGCAGUAGGUGAAGAUGUGAAUGUACAUCGGCCAUCAGGCUUCAUGGUGGCUCCACUGUGAGGCCUGGACUCACUUACACUGUUGAAUGUUAGGUGCCCACAGAAGGUUUACACCACUCUAAACACUUUACACCCAAACUUGAAAUGACUGCAUUUAAGAAGCCAUUUAAAGUUUGCAAGUAAACCGAGCUAUGUUAACUAAAGCAAUGAACAAAAGAGCUCGCUGUAAUGUAUUACCAUAGAUAUAUCUGUGGGUCUAUAAUGUUAUGUACUAUGUACUGUUGCCUUAGUGUCAGUACCUUUUGCUGUACUGCAAUGCUCAAUCUCUACUGUCUUUAACAUUUGUGCGAAUGUACUGCUGCAUAUUUAUUGUGUCACUACAGGCUGACAGAAGUGGAUUCUAGAGGACGUAUUUAUUCAACAUAACAUUAUCAUAUUUAUUUUAUUUAUUCAAUUAUUUAUUUAUUGAUCCAUACAUAUAUUUAUUUAUUUCUAUGUGUGUUGCCAUGUGUUUUUCUAAUGAAUGACCUAAACAGCAUUUGUGCUGGAUAUUAUAUAUAAUUUAUUAAAUUAUUUAUUGAAGCAGAUAAGUUUAAUCAGUUUGUCAAUGUAAUUUUUUACUGACCUUUGCAAAUAAUGCCAUGGCUCCUGUGGUGCUGUAAAAAUGUUUGAAUAAAAACACGUUUUCAAAAGAAAAGUAUGUCUGUAAGGGCUGUGUUCAGUGUAUUAGAACUAGGAUGUGGAACUAGAAAAUGUAAAAAAACACAACAAAAGAAAAACACUGGUGGGGAGAAGUUGCAGCACUAUGAUUGAUUUGUCAACCACAGGUUACAACAACCAGUGUUCCAUGGCCUCUUACUGUGCACUGAGGUUGUAACAUGUUUCCUUAAAACACACAAAAAAUAAAUCUGCACAAAAACUGCAUCAGUUUGAUGUGUCACUUCACCCAAAUUAGCCCCAGUGGUGUCAUGCCAAGCAGAU